ACGUGAUUGGGAGAAGGAUGGCAACCAUGCCGUUUGUCAGCGAGGGGAAGUGUGUGAGUGUGGAGUGGGAUUUCCUACAAGGACUACUGGCCAAGCCUCCCACCCUGCCCUGUCUCCAGAACCUGCGUAAAGAGAAGUCUCGCAAUGCGGCUCGUUCACGGCGGGGGAAGGAGAAUUUCGAGUUCUUCGAGCUGGCUAAGAUGCUGCCUCUUCCCGGGGCCAUCACCAGUCAGCUGGACAAAGCCUCGGUCAUCCGGCUGACCAUCAGCUACCUGCACAUGCGCACCUUUGCCAGCCAGGGGGACCCGCCCUGGAGCCCUCUGCUGGAGGGCGACAGCAACUGCAGUAAAGUAAGACGAUCAUCUCAUUCUCUGGCUACUGACAUGUUUGAGCAGCACCUAGGGGCGCACCUACUGCAGUCUCUGGAUGGUUUUGUGUUUGUGGUCAGCCAGGAGGGACGGUUCCUCUACAUCUCAGAGACAGUUUCUAUCUACCUGGGACUCUCACAGGUGGAGCUGACCGGCAGCAGUGUGUUCGACUACAUCCACCCAGCGGACCACGUCGAGAUGGCGGAGCGGCUGGGAAUCAGGCCGCAUCUUAGGGCCGAGGCCGGCUGCCACACGGCGCCUGAGAGCGCUUCCAGCUCCGCAUCCACCUCCUCCCUGGCUGGUACCCCUGAGCCCGCUCCGUCUAGUCCUCACUCUCCUGCUGACGAGCCUCCUGAUCGCGGUUUCUUCAUCCGCAUGAAGUCCACGCUCACCAAAAGAGGCCUGCAUGUCAAGUCUUCUGGAUACAAGGUAAUCCACGUGACAGGACGAAUCCGCUGCCGCCCCGCACUUGUGCCGGGCUCCACGCGUUCAAUGCGUCGACCGAUGGGUCUGGUGGCACUGGCGCACACACUUCCGCCCUCCACGCUUAAUGAAGUCCGCAUGGAGAGCCACAUGUUUGUCUUCCGAGUGAACAUGGACCUACAGGUCACAUAUUGUGAGAACAGGAUCUCAGAGUACAUGGAUCUGACCCCAGCAGAGGUGGUAGGUCACACCUGCUACCACUUCAUCCAUGUAGAGGACCUGGAAAACCUUCGGCAAAGCCAUGAAGACUUGCUGAGAAAAGGCCAGGUAGUGACGGGUUACUAUCGCUGGCUCCAGAGGAGAGGAGGCUACCUGUGGAUCCAGUCCACUGCCACUGUCUCCAUCAACCACAAAGCCCCCCACGAACGCAACGUCAUCUGGGUCAACUAUGUCCUGAGUCGAACAGAGUUGCCCGACACUCCCCUGGAUCUACUGCAGCUACCAGAGAGCGUAAGAGCAGAGAGACUUCGGGUUAGCUCCUCUCCCACCGACAGCUCCCCCCAGGCCAGAGGUAGCUCAGGCUCGCAGCCAGUGAAGGGCUCAUUGGGGAAGAGUGACCAUGACACUAAAGGCAGAGAGAAAUUCUCUGCCGCUGCCAUCCAAUCAGAGGACAGGAGGAAGCGCCUGCUGAGGUCCGACCCUGAGGGAGCUCCUCCCGAAACCCGCCGCAGACUGGAGGAACUCCGUCACACCGAGGAGAGUGUAUCAGCCUCCUCCGACCUGGCGAGCGAAAGUGAUGGGGAGGAGGAGGAAGAAACAGAGUGGGACCAGGGGGGAGACAGUGACAGACUGAAACAAGAAGACGGUGGGGGAGGAGGUAAACAGAGUAGGGGGGGAGACACCCCGACUAGAGGGGAGAGAGGAGGGAGGGCGCACAACGGCCGGGCUGUGAUCCAGCAGCUGAAGAGUGUAGUGACCCCCUCUCCCCUGUCUGGCAGCCCCAGCAUCAAGACUGAACAUGACUCCCUGACCACCGGGGGGCGCUGGGGGUCACACACACAAACCUCCACCUCGCACACCACCCAGCCCCAACCCUCACAUGCACACACACCCUCCAGCAGUCUCAACGGCGACAGCCCCACCACCCCGAUCCCCGACUCUUCCUCCAGCAGUGAAGCCCCUCCAAAAGGUUUGUUCACUCCCCCGUCCCCUGCUUUGUCCCCCGCCAUGUCCGUGUCCUCCCCGCUGCCCCGCGAGGAGAGGGUUGUGUCAGGGGUGGUCAGUCGGGGCAGUGGUGGCAGCGGUGGUGGAGGUGGUGCUCCUGACUUUGAGCUGCUCCAGAGACUGGCUGCAGGCGGUGCUGCGGGGCGGGUCCUCUUCCACCCCCUUGCCCUUGGCCCACAGGGCCCGCAGAGCCUCUACGCCCCCAGCACUAUCCGCUACGCUCCACCUGAGCUGCCUCCCUCCCACCACCACAGCGCAGGACACAGCGAUGGCCUGCAGCUACGCUCGGACCACCACAAGGGACCCCCGCCCGCCUUCUUUCCCCACCUACAGCGGCUGGCCGGCCUGCCACCCUUCAGUGGUUUCUCCCCGUCUGACAGCCCUUUCUCCUCCGGCCUGCCCUUCUGUAUGAAUGGACUGAGGGGGGCUGCAGGCUCCGAGGAGGACUGAGAGUCAAAAGGGAGGGGGUGAGAGGAGAAGAUAAAAAUGAAGGAUGGAGCGGGGUGACAGGACAGAAAGAAAGACAUUGAAAAGGGCAGGACAGACAGAAGUGG